UCCCUCUAGGACCCGAAGAUAUCCUAUCUGACCCCCUCCUUUGUGUGCUUAGGGCCUGGUGACCUUCCCCGAUGUGGCCAUGAGCUUCUCCCCAGAGGAGUGGGCAUGCCUGGAUGUCUCUCAGAAGAAGCUCUACAGAGAUGUGAUGCUGGAGACCUACAAGCACCUGCAGGCAGUAGGGUAUUUUGGGAUAAAGCCUGCGUUAAUCUCCUGGCUAGAAGGAGGAGCCCUGGGGAGGCUGCCAAGAAGCUUGUUUGCAGCAGAACUCAAGCCAGAAAUCCAUCCUUGUCCCUUCUGCUCUCUUGCCUUCUCCAAUCAGAACUUCCUAAGUCAUCACAUGAAACGAAGUCAUCCCUCUUGGAUCCUCUUGGGAACAUCUACAAGAAAGCAUCCUCCAUCAGAGAAUUCCUGUCCACGUGAUCAGAACCAAUGUUCUGAUCCAUAUAAUGACAAACCCAAGAAUGGCAUACUUGAAAGUCAAAAGCACAAAGAA